UACCUCCGCUGCCCUGCGCUAAGCUGUCGGUGUGACGCGGACGGAUCCAGCAAGACACUGAGGAGUUCACCGGGAGAUCUCCGUUAACCGGAGGAUUUAAUGAACAGUUUGGGUCUGCUCUGGAUCGAAUCGUUUUUUGUGUUUUUCUUCCCGCGCUGGUUCCAAAAUGGCGACUGUUUCGGUGGAUUCCGGAUUCAGCAGCCUGAAGCCUUAAAACUCAGAGUUCAGUCCGACCACCAUGUAAACAGACCAGCAGGGAGUCCGACUGCACACAGGACCAGAACCAGGAGGUAACCAGGUGAUAACCAGGUGAUAACCAGGAAUAACCGGUCACUACCCAGCAGCUGUCAGGGUGGCUGCACUGUCGUCCUGCUGCAGAAGCAGACUGAUGGAGAGCGACUGUCGGAUCCCCGUCGCCUGCUGCCGGCCGCGAGUCCUCGUCCUUCACGCUCUGUUCUGGGGCCUCGUCUCCCUCAGAGUGUUCGGAGCUGCUCUGCUGAGUGAAGAGAAAACUGCAGUGGUGAAGUCUGUCGUCACCCCCUGCUGGCUGCUGGAGGAGUUCGUAGUGACGGGGGAGUGUGUUCGCUGCAACGACUUCGACUCUAAGUCGCAGGCGGCCUGCAGACAGACAGGAUACGUGGAGAAGGUGAACUGCACCAAGUCCAGCAGGGAGGAGUACAAGAGCUGUCGAUCUGCUCUCAUGGAGGAACAUCUCUUCUGGAAGUUCGAGGCGGCCAUGUUGGGUCUGACGGUUCUCUUCGCCGUCCUGGUUGUCGUCCGUCAGCGCUGGCUCGACCGCCUCGCCUCCGAGAAAGUCCGGCGCCAGAUCGAGUCCAUCUAGGACUCCAGAACCAGCAUCAGAACCAGGAUCGGGAUCAGAACUGAAUGCAGGAAGAACCUGCAGUGACUGUUGAUUAAAACUGCUGAACAUGACGAGGAGGUUCUGUUCCUGUUCUGCUUCAUCUUCACCAGCGACUUAAUAUUCCCUCUUAACCCACAACAGACUGAGCAGCAGAUUAUGAGCCAGAACCAGGAUCAGAACCUGGAUCAGAACCUGAAUCAGACCUUCAGUUUUCACUCUGGAGCCGACAGUCUGUCAGCUUACAAUCUAGCUGUCAGAUCUUAUGAUAUCCAAACAGAACCGGGACAGACAGACACUGAGGCUCAAACUGGACCAGAACCUCAGACUGUCUCCACCUCCUUCACAGGUGAAGCCAGAAUGUGUCAGAGCCGGAUGCUGUGAUGUGCAGCAGUGACAUCAUAGCGGUUCUGACCCACUCUGAGUGAUGUCAUCAGCUGCCAGGGCGUCUGUUUCUGCCACAUUCUGACUUCAUGUUUGGUUACAUUCAUGACCUGAAAACCAGGCGUGUGCACGAGACAAGCAGGCGUGUGCACGAGAACACAGCCAUCCUGUGGAGGCGUGGCCAGUGGCUGAUAACUCCGCCCACUGAUUGGUCACAUUGUCUCUGAGCCUCAGACAGCUGGAAGAAGUACUCACCUCUUUAAAGUACUAAUAUCACAGACUAGAAAGUACAAGUACCACAGAGUAGUAAUAGUACCAACAGUAUUCAUUUCAGAGUGUUGAACAGAAGUUUCACUGUUGUGUCGAGUCAGACUGUUUAUUAGGUCAUUAAACUUUGUAUCAAUAAUGUAAUUGAUCUGAUCAGUUUGAAAAUUAGUUUCAUGUUAAAAGUCAGAAACAGACUUUAACAGGAAACUGGAUUAUUGAACCAGCAGAACCUUUCAUUCUGAAAAUGAAGCUUUAUUGAAGUUUAAUCAGUUGGACUCGUCAUGUCUGCUCGCUGGGCUCUGAUUGGUCCCUUCGCCAAACAAAGGGAGCCUCUGAUUGGUCGGAGCAUUUUGGACUCUUGUAAGUUUUUUCUCCUUUUUGUCAAACGUCUUCAAAUACAGCAGCUGAUUUUACUGUAAAUAUGUUUCUGCUUUUGUUUCUCUGUGAAGUUUCUGGUUGAAUAAAUGGAAGACAAACAA